CAGGUGCAGUGAGUGUUCAAUCGCCAUAGCGUCUCCCUCUCCCUCUCUCUCUCUGUCUCUCUGAGUAUCCCUCUCUCUUUCUCUCUCUGUUUUCUCUUUUCCUCCAGUGGAAGUUUAACUCCAGCGCAGCAGGUAUGCGCCACCAGCCCGCUGCGCCCUCCCGCGGACCGGCUGCCCCCCUCCCGCGCCCUGCGGUUAGUCGCGCGCGGCGGGUUUAGGUGUUUGGUGGAGGAUACGCCGGGGGUUCGGGGAUUGUUUUGGAUCCAGGUGCUGCAGAAGCUCAGCUGAAGGUAAUGGCCGGACACGAGUGGGAGGACUGGUUUGAACGGGAGGAAUUCAUCGGCCAGAUCAGCGACAUCCGCGUGCAGAACCUGCAGGUGGAGAGAGAAAUGGUUCAGAAGAGGACCUUUACCAGAUGGAUGAACCUCCACUUAGAGAAGUGUAAUCCUCCGAUGGAGGUGAAGGAUCUGUUCAGGGACAUCCAGGAUGGGAGGAUUUUAAUGGCUCUGCUGGAGGAGCUGUCAGGAUGCAGGCUGCUGCACGCGUUCAAGCCGUCCGCUCAUCGCAUCUUCAGACUCAAUAACAUCGCCAAGGUUCUGACCUUUCUGGAGGAAAGAAACGUAAAGCUGGUGAGCAUCGACGCUGCAGACAUCGCUGACGGCAAUUCCUCCAUUGUUCUGGGUCUUAUCUGGAAUAUCAUCCUGUUCUUCCAGAUUAAAGAGCUCACAGGUAACAUAAAGAACCAGUUCUCGUCCUCCUCCAGCCUGUCGUCCAUCCCCACCAGCUCAGACUCGGACACGUCUCACUCCAGCACUCCUUCAGACGAGCGGAGACCCUCCAUUGCUGCCAGAGAUCACGGAAAAGCCAUAAAGACCCUCCUACACUGGGUCCAGAGACGCACCAGGAAAUAUGGAGUGGCGGUGCAGGAUUUUGGUAAAAGCUGGUCGAGUGGUUUGGCCUUUCUUGCCGUCAUCAAAUCCAUUGACCCGAGUCUGGUGGACAUGAGGAGAGCUUUUGUUCGAUCCUCCAGAGAGAACAUCGAGGACGCCUUCAGGACGGCUCAUUACAGCUUGGGCAUCCCACGCCUCCUAGAGCCAGAAGACGUUACUCUCAAUCCUCCGGAUGAACAGUCCAUAAUGACCUACGUGUCCCAGUUUCUGGAGCACUUUCCAGGAAUCGAGGAGGACGAGUCUUCCUCUGAGUUCCUGGAGAGGAGUAAGGUCAGCGCGAGGAUGAACGAGCCGCCGGUGAGGAACGGCGUUCAGAGGAAGAGGGAAAAGUCGUACGUGGUGAAGAGGGACUGGGUUCAGCCUCCACCCAAGAUCUUCAUCUCCUCAGUGACUGAAGAGCACGCCCAGAGCCAGGCUCCUGCCCAGCCACAGACCCCCGAGGACAGGCCCUGGACCAGCGAGGAGUCCUCAGUGGAGACCUCCAGAUCUGUUACUGCUGAGAACCAGCCUCAGUGUCGCCCCCUAGGCCUGAACAGAGACACGGCGUCCGCCUCCACCUCUCCUCAGGCUUCUCUAAUCGACUCCGCCAUGGAUUCCCCGGACUCGUGGGGUGAGAUGCCCAGUGAGACGGCCCCUCAGCUCCAGCAGUCCUGCAGCAACGGUUCUCUGAGCGACCUGAGGUAUUCCACGUCCGCCGGAGAUCUGACCUCGGAUCAGGGGUCUCCACUGUUAUCAGAACGCGCCUCUAAAGACCAAGCAGACGGAGACUUGUUCAUAGACGAGGGGAACUUCUCUCUCAGCUCCAUAGACAGUUUACAGGCCAAAUCUGCACUGCUGUCCGAGGAGGAGGAUGCUUAUCGGUACAUUUUGGACCUUAAAGAGGACGGAUCUGCUGACGUUGAGCUUGGUGAAGAUACUGUAAAUGAUCCAAACUCUCAGCAAUCAGAAAACAGCCCUGUGAAGAGUCCAGACGUCGUCAAACCAGCCGAUCAAGACCACCCUUCAUACGGGGAUGCCGACUCUGGGUAUUAUCCUGUUAAUGCUAAGGACACUUCUUUAUCUAUAUCAGAGCUGGAUGAUAUCAGCAAAACUUCGCUCAUUACUGAUAUCGAUGAACUGAUUUCUGUUAUGGAGAGCCAGUCUGAACUUUGCGAAGAGAGUCUGGAGUCUUCAAUUAGUAAAGAUUUGCAGGAAACUCCUCUUGAAGCGAAUCCGAAUCCAUUGGACUUUCUCGAAGAUGACCCAGAGUGUCCUAUCGUCAAGUACGAGAGGGUUUCCAUUUCAGGAAGUGAAGACGAAGCCGAAAUGGAGUUUCCUGAAGGAAUACCUCAUGACAAAGAGGCUAAGGAGGAAGAUUUGCCAGAUGUUUUCCAAAGUGAGGACAUUAAAAUGUGUCGAGAGGAACUUUCACAUCUCAGGGAGACUCAAGAAGCUGAUCAGGUGUUGCAUCAAGAAGAGCCUGCCGUCAAGCCAGAAGAGGAUAAAACAAAUCCAGAUCUGGUCUGUACUGAGAUUUCCGAACAGCCAAGAAGGCCGUCUGGAGCCGAGGCAGAGAUCCAGAGCGAGGAAGAAGAAGAAAAAGAGAAGAAUAAAAAGAAAGCUUCUGGCAGCCAGGAAUCAGGCAUGUGUGAAGAGCCUGAAAUGAAGGAUUUGAGAGAUGCCAAGCCACAGGCUUCCAACAAUCUGUCUGAAACGAACUUUAUUGAAGUUGCAAAAGUUGAAGAAGAAGAAAGGAACUGCACUUCUUCACUGGAGUCGAGAGAAAGUGAGGAAAAGCUGGGAGAAAAACGUCUGGAGGCAAAUCAAGGUGAUUUGAGUCCUCCUAAAGAGGAAAUCACGAAUUGUCUUGAGUGUGAACCAAGCGAGACCCGUACAAGUAUGCAUGAAGACGCCACUAUUGAUGAUAACAGUAAGUUGGAGGAUCUACCAAGUGAGAUAGAGAAUGUGACGGAAGAAGAAUUACUUUCUUGCAACCAGCAGGAGCUUGAGACCAAGAUGGAGGAGGAUCAGCAGAGUAAGUUGGUAGAAGCUGUAAAGGAAGAGGAAGUGGAAAAGGAAGUGAAAGAGGAUCUUAAGAUCAAGUUGAACGAUCAUCUGAUUGAAACCGAAAGUGUACAGGAUCCAGAAACACACAGUAAUCGUAAUCAUAAUCCCCCCGCCCUUGAUUAUGCGUCAGUAGAGCUCAGAAGUGAAAGUGACGUCCAAAAUUCAGAAAUCCCUCCAAACGAUGUUUUCCUAUCCAACGCCAACGAAGUCUUGAAUGAGCCUAAUUCUGAUCCUACUUUCAGUGAAGAAAUUGAACACCCCUUCACUCCACCAACACCGAGCAGCCCCGCCUCACAGCCAGACUGGGAUCAGGCCACUGUAGAGCAGUCGUCCGAUAGAUGCAGCCAAGGGCAAGCCUCCUGGGAAGAGAUGGAGAACACUAUAGAUACUUCAGAGCGAGCAGAGAGGUUCCCUACAGAGCUCCGCCUGUCGCUCAGUGUGACGCCUCUACAGCCUGCUCCCUCACAGUCUUCCCACGCCGGCUGCGACGGAGAGCGAGCCAUUCUCGAAAAGGCUGGAGAGGGGUCUGUGGAGUCUCCAGAGCAGAGUCCGUUCGAGCUGUGGUCCCGGCACCCGGGGGAAUGGGGCGCGGCCGAUUCGGACCUGCACGCAGAUCACUGCGAGCUCAUUAGCAGCGACGAGGAGCUGCCAGCCGGCACUGACGCUACGGCUACUACUACUACCACUACCACCACCGCUACUACUGCUGCUGCUGCCAGGGAAAACAUGGAGCCGCUGAGGGAAGAAGAUGCCAGCGAUGCUGCUAAAGAUGAAACCCGGCCGUCCACAGAUUUAGACAAAGCUGUUCCUCCAAAAGAAUCAAAGACGGAAAGUGGGAUAAACAUAGUUGCCACCGGUACAGCGAUUACAAACAAAAGGAAGCCGAGCGUUUCUACAGGAAGUCCUGAGAGCUCGAGUGAAGUGGCCUUGUCUGAAAUGGACCUGCUGUUGCUCCUGUGGCUCCUCCUCUACUGCCUUUUCGUUCUGCCUCAGAUCGACAUCUGGGCACUUCCCAGCCUUCUGCUCAACCUGGAGGAGUGAUCACCGAGUCCGUACCUCACCUGAUUCACCUGAGAGACUCCUCCCACUGACCUUUAAAGACUGGGGCGUCUGGCACCACACUGACCAUGAUUUCUACAUUUUAAAUUCUCUCCUGGGACUAAUUCAAGUGUUAUUUCUGAGGUUUUUCACCUCGAGUUACGAGUCGACCGAGUACCAGGUUUACAGAAACUCUCACUGUCUGUUCUGUGCACCAUGUAUCUUCCUCACUCGAAUGCUUUUACAUAUUUUACUUAUACAGUUUUACUUCUAACAGUAAUGGGAAUAACAUGAGGAUAUGCUUUUUUUUGGUCUUUAAUAUGGUAAUGCUUAAACUGUUAUGAUAAACAGAAAUUAAUUGUGCACUUUUUUUUUUUCUUUACGUUUACAUAAUGGAAAUGAAGGUGUACUGCAUAAUUUUGCCGUAUUUUAUUUAAAGUGCUUCUGUAUAAUGGGAACAAAUCGUCACAUGCUUAAUGUAGGCUGUGUUUACACAGCAGGUAAAAGUGGCCCAAUAUUUAGAUAUUUUUCCUAAUACAUGACUGAUUCAGUUUGGUUCACAGAUAACACGGCUGUCGUUUAAAUUCAGAUUUGAGUCGCUUCAAUAUGUGAUUAAAAUGUGAUGUAUAUGUGAGGCAUACAAAAAAAUAAGAGACCACCUAAAAAUUGAGUUUCUUUGAUUUUAUCAAAUUGAAAACCUCUAAAAAAUAAAUUAAGAGGAAGAUGGAUGAUCACAAACCAUCAAACCAAACUGAACUGCUUGAAUUUUUGCACCAGGAGUAAAGCAGCAUAAAGUUAUCCAAAAGCAGUGUGUAAGACUGGUGGAGGAGAACAUGAUGCCAAGAUGCAUUAAAAAAAUUGUGAUUACAAAACAGGGUUAUUUCACCAAAUAUUUUAUACUAUUAAAAUAUUUCUGAACUCUUAAAACUUUAUGAAUAUGAACAUGUUUUAUUUGCAUUGAGUUUUUUUUUAUUUGGAAUUUGGGAGAAAUGUUGUCUGUAGUUUAUAGAAUAAAACAGCAAUGUUCAUUUUACUUAAACAUAAACCUAUAAAUAGCAAAAUCAGACAAACUGAUUCAGAAACUGAAGUGCUCUCUUAUUUUUUCCCAGAGCUGUAUCUGUGAUUCAAUCUGAACAGUAGGACACUAUGAUUUCUGCAAUCCAGGCCAACACCAUAGAGAUAAGAGAAGAUGAAACCGAAACUUCAUAUGAAGCGCUGCUCUAUACAGCGUGAGCAUCAGUUUGGGAAAGUUCACCGUUUAGACCAAUGUCAGAUAUAAUACACUACCGGUCAAAGGUUUUAGAACAUCCCCAUUUUUCCCUAUUUAUUUUUGCCAUUUAAGCUCUUAAGUCAGCAAAUGGUACAAAAUCCAGUGUACAAAGCUCUUUUUUUUUAAGGAACAGAAAUGAACUAAAACGCCAAAAAAGUAAUGUUAGUUUAAAAAAAAUAAAUCAUGUAUUGUUCAUGAACAGAGGUGGGUUAUUUUUAAGCAAACAGUUAACUUAUAAACAGCUUACAGCUAAUAAGUAUUACUGGAAAUAAACUAAGCUUUAGGAAUGAAUAAAAAAAAGUCAAAUUUCUAAAUUCUUAGACUGUAGUGUUGCAGUGCUGGAACAGAUGGAGUUACUGUUCUCUCUACUGCAGCAUUUACACACUUACACACAGCACAUUCACACUUUCAUCAUCAUAAUAACUAGAAAAAGUGCUACAGAAAGACGUCUGGCUGACCCACAUGGCAACAACAUUAUUUCUAAAGCUCAGUUUAUUUUCAUUGUUUCUUACCAGCUGUUAACCAAUUAAUUAUUUGAUAAAAAAAUUCUUUAAUUUUUUUAUUUUAUUUUUAUAAAUAAGUACAAUUUUUUUGUUUUAAAAUAUUAAAAUUAUUUUCAGUUUUAGUUCAUUUGUGUCCCUUAAAAAAUAUUCCUAAAUUUUGUACACUGGAUUUUGUACCAUUUCCUGACUUAAGAACUUAAAUAGCAAAAAUAAAUAGGGACAAAUGUACACUGGACUAUUAAACAAACAAUAAAGGUGCUCAAACUGUUGACCAGUAGUGUAGUUUGCAAUAAUCAAAUCGGCUUAAUUGAGAAAAUUGGAUUUUGGACUGAAUAUUGGUCUAAUUUACCUGCUGUGUAAAAGUAGACUUACUUUUAUCAUAUUUUUAUUGCAAAGAUGUAUAAGAUAAACAGCCUAAAGAAACAGAGUUCACUUUUAAAUUGUAAUAAUUCAAUAUAUACGAUUAAAAAAGAUUUAAAAAUGUUCAUCAGAGUUAAUUUUAAAGUCACAACAUUUCUAGUACAAUGAGCUUAAGGCACUUUUACAGGAGUACAGGUACAGGAAAUGUCUUAAAAAACAUUAUAGGGCUUUCUGAAGAAGCUUCAAUGGUGUCAGCUGCACUUUAACCAACACAAACCAUAAUCCGCCAAAGAUUUAGCUGGAGAGACUAAAGGUACACCGAUGAGAGAAAGAGAGAGAGAUUAAAUAAUGAAUUUGCCUAUUCUUUUAAUAAGAAAUGAAGUAUUUCUAAAGCAGACAGAGCUGAAGAUCUAUAUUUACGUGUAUAUUUUACAGAAUGAAAGGGCACAUAGAUCACGCUGAUGAACAAGCUGAAGGGUAUUUACUGAAUGUGCUUGAGUUUAAUGAUCUUUAGUGGCGUUUGUGUGGCGCUGGCAUUAUAUAGAAGUGUACACAAGCGCCUUUGGCUCUGCCAUUUUAAAGGAUUCUGUAAAAAGUGCUUUGAAAUGAUGUUGCUUGUGUCAUUUUAUCGUUUUUUUCUAUGAAUUUAUUCACAUUUCUUUACUAUAAGUACACUGACAAGCACAGUUCUCAGAUAAAAGCCCGGUUUGGCAGAGAGAUGUACAAGUAUGACCGUUGUGGCAUCUGUAAAAAGAUCAAUUUUAUUGCUUGUUUCUUUAUUUUUAUUUAGUUUUUGUCUAAUAAUCAAUUAUAACCAUGAUAUUUCAUGAAACUACACAUGAUUCCAGUGGCCACCGUCUGCGCAUGAGAUUGUCCUAUGAAACUGUCGAGUCUUAAUUUUGUAAAUCUGUCUGAGAACUAUCGGAGAACCCACUUUUAUAUUGGAGAUUCUUGUAAAUGCACCAGUCCAGUGCAAUAAAUAACAAUCCUCCUAAAA